GGAUAGAUUUGCUGAUGAUGCUGUUGCAUGAUUUAUUUUGUUUUGGUUCCAAUUGGAAAAGAACAGCUGUGUUUCAUUGAUAAUUUUUAUUGUUUAUUGUCGAAAAUCUUUGAAUGCUAUGCAAUAAACAUCAUAUUUAGAUUUGUUUAUAUUCGCAUGAAUGGAUUCCAAAUCUAUUUCAUCUGCAACAAGUGUAGAAGUGAAUUCCGACGUUAAUUCAGUGUUUACGAAUAAAAUAUCCGAAUCGGAUUCACAGGAAGAUGUUACCAGCAAUAGUUGCAGUAAACCAGUUGAGAUCCCAAAUCAUCAGAACCAUAUUUUAUUAUUGGAUGAAGAUCAUUUUAGCGUCAAUUCAGAUGUCGAUUAUCUGAAUGAUAUUGAAUAUUCGAAUCUUAAACGUGAUGAAAAGAUUGAAUUGACCAUUACUAAAUAUCGUAGCCAAUUAGAAUCACUGGAGACUGGAAAUUUGAAUCCUAAUGAUAAAGAUGAAAAGAAACGACAAUUAGUCAAAAAGAUUUGUGACCUUAAAAUCAAGUUAGUGAAACUUCAAGAAGAGGCCGAAUUUAACAAUUUAAAAGUUGAUGUUCAAUCACAAGUAGAUGAUUUAAAAGAUGAACUAUCAGACGAUAAUCCAAUAUUCUUUAAGCGGAUAUAUUCGUUUUCGAAAUCUAUUGGUGGACAUAAAUUGGUGUUAUCGAGUGAUGUAUUCGAAAAUGAAAAACGUCUUCGAACUACAUGGAAAAAUUAUGUCAAAAACUCAUCACCAUUAUCAUUAUCACCACCAUCAUCUGCAAGUGAAAUGUUGAAUAAUUCGUUACCGAUAUCCCGUCUAUUAAAUCUAUUAACAUCCAAUCAUCUAUCAUACUUAACCAGUAGUUGCGUGAAUUGGCCAAUGGCUGCUUGUCAUCCACCUACGAACCCGAUGCAACAACUUGUCUGUGAUCAUUGUUGUAAAAAAUCAACAAAAUCAUUGAAUGAUUAUAUUUUUGAUGCUUUGAAAUUUGGUAAAAAAGAAGAUUCUACACCAGCGAUUAGUAUGCAAUCUUCCACCGAUCUUCGUUCAUCUAAUCCCUAUCUAGUCUGCAUCUAUUGUUUUUUUACCAUUCAUUUUAAUUGUCUUACAAAAGAUGUACGUAAAUGUCCAAAGUUAUUUUUUGAUUCAAUGAACGAUGAUGUUAUCGAAGAAUUUUACUCACGUCUAUACAAUUAUAAUACCUCACCAUCAUCAUCAUCAUCAUCAUCAUCGUAUUCGUCGUUUGAAACAAAAAAAUCAAACGGCAAUUCUAGUAAUAAUGAUCAGACUAAAUCAACACCGGUUAAUGGUAUUAUAGAAAGCUAUCAACAAAGAAUGAAACGUAUUAUACUAAAAAUUUGUCCUGAAAUUGGCCUCGCAAAUCAAGAUUUUCGUUGCGCUGAAUGUCGAAUAUCGAUUUCGCCAUCACCGGCUAAAGAUGCAACAAAAAUCAUAUCAAAGCCAAGACUUUGUGAUUAUUCGGGUCUAUAUUUUUGUGAAACUUGUCACAUGGGUGAUAUUGCAAUCAUACCGGCUAGAGUUAUACAUAAUUGGGAUUUUCAACCUCAACCCGUCGCCCGAGUAUCAUUACAAAUCAUUUCAUACUUACGGAAUAAAUCAUUCCAUUAUGAUCGUACUGUUUUGAUUAAUCUGGUCGAAAUCAAUCCAAUGCUUUAUGGAUUGGUCGAUGAACUAAUCCAGAUUAAACGCCUACGAACUGAACUUUGUCAUAUAUACAAAUACAUUUGGCUAUGUAAACAACCAUCGAAACCACGACAAUGGAUCUCGAUCAUGUGCCAGCUAGGAUCGUAUCUAUUGAAUGAACAAGAAAUCAAUUAUCUUUCCUUCUGUGAUAUCUGUGAUCUAAAAUCAUUAGUUGGUAAUCUAUCCGAACUUGAACAUCUAUUCAUCACUCAUAUUACUACUUGUGAAGGUUGUCGAGGAAAAGGAUUCUAUUGUGAACUUUGUCCAAACAAAGAAGACAUAUUGUUUCCAUUCUCACCGAACACAACAAUUUGUCCCAUUUGUAAUGCUGUUUAUCACAAAAAUUGUUAUUAUCGUCGCAAUCGUUUGUGUCCACGAUGUAAUCGGAUCAAAGGCAAAAAUACGGUCAAAUUUGAUGGCGUUAAAAAUGGAGAAAUCAAUCAGGAUAAUGAAACUUCCGAAGCAACGUAAUUCUCAUUCGAAGACUUGAAAUUAAAUGAAUUUUCUUAGGAAUAUUUUUAUAAUAUACAAAUUGAUUUGUUUGUUUAU